AUGGAGCAGGAAAACUCUAUGAAAAGAUGGUGGUUCAAUUCGAUGUUAUUUAAGAAGGAGUUCGAACACAGAUGUAGGCUAAGUAAAUCAAUGGGCAGUCUUGGUCCUAUUGAAAAUGCCAGUGAAAGUAAAGAUCCGAAUAGAAAUGAUACGGAUAAAAACAUUCAGGGUUGGGGUGGUCAUGACAAUUACAGUAAUGUUGAUCUUUUUUUUGGCGUCAAGGACAUUCGUAAUUUUUUCUCUAAUGAUACUUUUUUAGUGAAAGAUAGUAAUGGGGACAGUUAUUCUAUAUAUUUUGAUAUUGAAAAUCAUAUUUUUGAGAUUGCCAAUGAUCAUCCUUUUUGUAGUGAACUAGAAAGUUCUUUUUAUCGGAAUUCUAGUGAUCUGAAUAAUGGAUCUAAGAGUAAGAAUCCCGACCACGAUCGUUACAUGGAUGAUACUCAGUAUACUUGGAAUAAUCACAUUAAUAGUUGCAUUGACAGUUAUCUUCAGUACCAAAUCUGUAUUGAUAAUUACAUUGUAAGUGGUAAUGACAAUUCCAGUAACAAUAAUUCCAGUAACGAGAAUUCCAGUAACGAGAAUUCCAGUAAUCGUUACUGGAAUUGUUCUAAGAUCACUUCCAGUCAACAAGGUCUACUCGACAUGAAUUAG